AGCAAACGAAAACUUCCUCUCAAUUUCUUCACAAAUCAUCAUCACAUAUAUAAAUACACAAAUUCUUGUAUUUGUAUCCUGUAAGAAUAUACAAAAGGGAUAAUCUGAAAUUGUGUUGAGUAAUUUUCAGUUUAGUUUUGUUUGUAUAAUGUGAUGUCGACAGAAAGGCUGAUUGCCGGCGAUCAGUUGCCUUCGUCGGUGCUUUCGUCGUCUCACUCAAUCCGGUACGCAAGCGAACUAGGGAGAAUUUUCGAGGAGCUGCCGAACGCCACCAUCGUUUCGGUUUCCCGGCCGGAUGCUAGUGACAUCACUCCAUUGCUUUUGUCGUACACCAUUGAACUAGAAUACAAACAGUUCAAGUGGCUUUUGCUGAAGAAGGCAUCUCAAGUUAUUUAUUUACACCUUGCGUUGAAGAAACGUGCAUUAAUUGAGGAAUUUCAUGAGAAGCAAGAACAGAUUAAGGAAUGGCUUCAAAGCGUAGGAUUAGGCGAUGAUACCACAGUUGUGCAUGAUGAGGAUGAACCUGAUGAUGGAGCUGUGCCAAUAUCUAAUGAAGAUAGUGCUAGAAACAGAAAUGUGCCAUCAAGGGCUGCCUUGUCAAUCAUUCGUCCAGCAAUCGGCAAGCAGCAUACCAUUUCAGACAAAGCAAAAGUUGCAAUGCAAGGUUAUCUGAAUCAUUUCCUCGGAAACUUGGACAUUAUUAAUUCGCGAGAGGUCUGCAGGUUUUUGGAGGUCUCUAAGUUAUCAUUUUUACGAGAGUAUGGUCCGAAGUUGAAAGAAGGUUACGUAAUGGCAAAGCAUUUGACUAAAUUUUCAGAGGAUGAUCCCUGUUCAAGAUGUUUUUCAUGUCAUUGGUGCAAUUGUUGUAACAACACCUGGCAAAAGGUUUGGCUCAUCCUGAAACCUGGCUUCUUGGCUUUCCUGGAAGAUCCUUUUAGCACCAAACUCCUCGAUAUAAUUGUAAUUGACAUCCUACCUGCUUCAAAUGCUAAAGGAGUUGAAGAAUUUUAUUUGGCUAAAGUGUUAAAGGGACGAAAUCCCCUACGCCAUGCAUUUCAGGUUUCUUGCGGGAGUAGAAGCAUAAAAUUAAGAACUACGAGCGCUGAUAAAGUGCAUGACUGGGUUUCGGCAAUUAAUGAGGUUUUGAAACCUUCUGAGAGUUGGUGUCAGCCUCACCGCUUUAAUUCUUUUGCCCCGACAAGAGGAUUGGUUGAAGACGAAAGCCAUGCUCAAUGGUUUAUAGAUGGAAAAUCAGCAUUUGAAGCAAUUGCUUCAUCAAUAGAGACUGCAAAUUCAGAGAUAUACAUAACGGGGUGGUGGCUUUGCCCAGAAUUGUACUUAAGACGCCCGUUUCACAAUCAUAACUCCUCUCGACUCGAUGUUUUACUUGAGGCUAAAGCUAAGCAAGGGGUUCAGAUAUACAUUCUUCUUUACAAGGAAGUUUCUCUUGCUUUAAAAAUCAACAGCUCGUAUAGUAAGAGAAGGCUUCUUAGCAUUCACGAAAAUGUUAGAGUUUUGCGGUAUCCUGACCAUUUGUCAACUGGAGUUUACUUGUGGUCGCACCAUGAAAAGCUUGUUAUUGUGGAUCACAAGAUGUGCUUUAUUGGAGGACUAGAUUUAUGCUUUGGUCGAUAUGACACAAUUGAGCACAAAGUAGGUGAUUUCCCUCCUUUUCUAUGGCCUGGAAAAGACUACUAUAAUCCCAGAGAAUCAGAACCAAAUUCUUGGGAAGACGCCAUGAGAGAUGAAAUGGAUCGAGAGAAAUAUCCUCGGAUGCCAUGGCAUGAUGUUCAUUGUGCUCUUUGGGGACCACCUUGCAGGGACAUCGCUCGGCACUUCAUUCAGCGUUGGAACCAUGCAAAGAAAAGCAAGGCUCCAAAUGAACAGAAAAUACCACUACUUAUGCCACAUCACCACAUGGUUUUACCGCAUUACAUGGGAAGAAGCAAAGAAGUAGACAUUGAUCAUAAGAACUCUGAAGUGUGUCACAAAGACAUCGGCUGGAAGGAUUCUUUUUCAUCCGAGUCGCCUCCAGAAGAUGUCCCAUUGCUUUUACCUCCCGAAGCAAAUGGACCAGAAACUUCAGUUAUGGAACAUAAACUGAAUUUUUUAAACUCAAAUGAAUGUCAUGAAACUACGCUAUAUGGGCAUUUUGAAGGUCUGUUAUUUGCUUAUCAGGAAUAUAAAUGUGGCAAUUCUCUCCCCGAUAUAAAAACAAGUGAUUCUGCAGGUGAUCAUGAUUGGGUAAAUACCCAAAGUGAAUCAAUAUUGGAAGCAACAGCAUCUGAAUUGCAAGUUAAGGAUUAUUGGUGUGAAACACUAGAACAAGGUUCUAAGUACGCAUUGUCCAAUGAACUAGCACAAGUUGGUCCGUGUACUUCAUGCCGUUGUCAGGUUGUCAGAAGUGUCAGCCAAUGGUCUGCUGGAACAAGCCAAACUGAAGACAGCAUUCAAAGAGCUUAUUGUUCUCUAAUUGAAGAAGCAGAGAACUUCGUCUACAUUGAGAAUCAAUUUUUCAUAUCAGGACUUUCAGAAGAUGAAGUCAUACAGAAUCGCGUACUUGAAUCAUUAUAUAGUCGCAUAAUUCGGGCAUACAGAGAAAGAAAGCGCUUCAGAGCUAUAAUUGUCAUUCCACUCUUACCCGGGUUUCAGGGGGGUGUGGAUGACAGUGGUGCAGCUACGGUCAGAGCCAUCAUGCAUUGGCAAUACCGUACCAUCUGCAGAGGAGAAAGUUCAAUACUGCAAAAACUUUGCUCAAUGUUGGGGCCAAUAGCACAUGAUUUCAUAUCUUUCUAUGGUCUAAGAACAUAUGGUAGACUUUUUGAUGGUGGUCCUCUGGUUACAAGUCAGGUUUAUGUACAUAGCAAAGUGAUGAUAGUUGAUGAUCGUUGUGCUUUGGUUGGAUCAUGCAAUAUCAAUGAUAGGAGCUUGCUAGGAUCAAGAGACUCAGAGAUUGCGGUCUUGAUUGAAGAUACGGAAUUUGUUGGAUCAUCAAUGAACGAGAAGCCUUGGAAAGCUGGAAAAUUUUCUUUAAGUCUUCGACUUUCAUUGUGGGGAGAGCACCUUGGCUUAAACACUGAAGAGCUUAGUCGAAUAAGAGACCCUAUAGCUGACUCUACAUUCAAGAAUUUGUGGGUAGAAACUGCAAAGGCAAAUACAAAAAUUUACCAAGAUGUUUUCUCUUGCAUCCCCAAUGACCUCAUACAUUCCAGGUACAUCUUUAGGAAUCUGUAUUCUCAUUUUAUGUCGUAUUUUCCUCUAUGCUUUUGUCUUAUAUUUUUCAACAUUUUUAUUAACUGCAGAUCUUCACUUAGACAAAGCGUUAGUCAUUGGAAACAAAAACUUGGGCACACCACUAUAGACUUAGGAGUAGCUUCUUCAAUGCAUGAAUCCCAUCAGAAUGGGGAAUCUGUAAUUAUCGACUCAUUGACAAAGUUAAAAUCUGUAAAAGGAUUUCUUGUUUCUUUUCCCUUGGAGUUCAUGAGUCAAGAACAAGAUCUCAGACCAAUGUUUAUUGAAGGCGAGUUUUAUGCAUCUCCACAAGUGUUUCAUUGACACGGGUAUCAUGGAACGAUAUCAUCGUUAGGACUUGGAUAAGAAUCUAUAACAUGCUGGAAUGCUGACAGUGUAGGAUUCUCUGGAAACAAAUUAUGAGUGUAAUUAGUUCUUGCUGAUGAUUCUUUACUCGGAUAGCAUCUGGGGUUCCUUGAACAAAAAUACGAAUGGAUUUAGAAUUUACAGUUUCUAGUGAUGGCAGAUUAAAAUACCGAUUGAUAGAUGUAUAGGACAUUGUUGUAUUUGAAACUAUUGAGUUCAGAAUUGAACAUAAAGAAAUGGUCUAUUGAAGGAAAAAAUUAGAAUUUAAGAAUGUAAUUCAACACAGUAAACUUUGGUCAUUCAUUCAGUUCUCGGUGUAUAUUUUUUCAAUAAACUUUGUGCGGAUUCAGUUCCAUUAUUUGCU